CAUACUUGUGAGUUCACAAAUUGAUCCCAUGUAAUGAACUACCUCCGCAGCACCCAAUAUGUAACAUAUUAUAAUUGACAAUAAAUCUAAUUAUCCUCAUGACCUAGAAAAAUUUUCGUAAAUUGAAGCGAACAGUUGUCUAUAAUUGACAUAAUAUCUAAAUUGUAAAGCAUCUAAAAUGUGCUGCCAUUAUUUUACCUACUGUCUUGCAAUAAAGUCAAAUAGUCUGUAUUGAUCAUUAAAAUACAAUAAAUCUGUGUGUUUACCGUAUUCACAGCUAAAAUAGCCAGCUUCAGUAACCACAACACCAAUAAAUUGCAUACUGACUUCGUUCAAUAAUUUUAAUAAGCCGCUCAUAGCAUUGUAUCGAUUGUACGACACGUCAAAGUGACUUAUUGCAUGUGCUGCUUUACCUUCUCUAACAAAAUAAAAAUUAUCGUUAAUAGUUGUCGCGCACUUCCAAGCAAACAUUCAUUGUCAGCGUAUAUUUUGCAGCUUUCCGUUGCUCAAGAUGAAAAAAUCAAACCGAAAUAUAGCGGAGUCGAAAUUUAAAAAGAAAAUUGUGAAGGAUAAAAGUACGAGUUCGAACAUUGCGAGCUAUUUUCAGCCGGCUGAAAAAAACUCUGUCGUUGAAGAAAGCAACAAAGAUGGCGUCGAUCCAACGAACAUUUACGUCGAAGCACUGAAGAAAAAGCUACGAGAUGCCGCUGUUCAAUCGCAAAGUGGGAUUUCUAAAGCGGUUGAAUAUGAGAGUACAGCUAAGGAAGAGAGUCAAAGUAAACAAGGGUCCUAUUCCGCUGAUGGUGAAAAUAGUUGCGCUGUAGUACCGAAAAGUAAGCUACCAGAUGCUAGCGGUGUUGUUCAGUCAUUGAAAACCGCGUUUAGAGGCCAGUUGGAGACGUCAGCCAGUGGUGGAGUGGUUUACUGUAAGAGUAGAGGGAAGGAAGACCAGGCAUGCAAAGAAGGCGUUCGUGGCAUCGAUCACUCGGACGCAGUUUGUAGCGGUGCGAACUGUGCGUCAAAGCAGUCAGCCCAGUGUACUCGUCCCGAAUGCGUCCAAGUGGCACUUGAAUGUCGCGAGUGGGAACGCAAAUACAAGGAGAUAAAGGGAAAGUACCUCAACCUCACGAUCAAUUAUUCAGAGGAGAACAUCAAGUACAAAAAUCUGAUAAAAGUCGCAACGCGUUCCAAUCGUUCGGACAACAACGAAGCGACCCUCGCUGGUGACAGCCUGAUUACUUCAAAUGAAGUCAAGGCCCUCGAUCGCAUUCCACUCGAAACUACUAAAGACUCCACAUUCAUCAAGGACUGUUUGCAGUAUAUUUACAAAAAAAAUCUUUCCGUUUUGUGUCAGAAGUCGGUUAAAGGCACAAGUGAAAGGGUUGAAUUUUCGGCGGAUGGCGAAGAAGUGAAACGACACCCUGCAAAGGAUCCAAUAACCCCUGAAAAAUAUGACCGAGUGAAAGAAUUGUUCAUUGACCGCAUAUCACAGUGCGAUAUUGACCCAGUAUCACACGGCGAGAGACUUAAAGAGGCCAACAUCAACCGGCUAAUGGCGUCAGGAAUUAAAAAUAUUUCUAAGAAGCAAUUGAAGGAGAUGUAAGACGAGAUGUUUUAUGAAAUAUUGUCGUAUUGUCAAGUAAUGUAAGCUAGUCAAAUAAUCGUAAUUUGAAAUUUGACGAACGGUAAAUGUAUCCUGUGAAAUGUAAUUAAAUAAAAGGAAGAAUACAAAAAUAUUGUGUUUCGGUGUUCGACCUAAACGUAAAACGAGGAGAGUAAAUACAGU